AUGUGCUCACCCGAGUCGUGCGGUCAGCAAUAUUUUGGGUACAGUUUAGAGUACAAGAGAGGAUACCCUCACCGAUCCGUGAUUACCGACUUUGUGCUCACCCGAGUCGUGCGGUCAGCAAUAUUCUGUGUACAGUUUAGAGUACAAGAGAGGAUACCCUCACCGAUCCGUGAUUACCGACUUUGUGCUCACCCGAGUCGUGCGGUGCGGUCAGCAAUAUUCUGUGUACAGUUUAGAGUACAAGAGAGGAUACCCUCACCGAUCCGUGAUUACCGACUUUGUGCUCACCCGAGUCGUGCGCCUCUAGGCACCAACUGUGAUGGUCACCAUUACACCACUAAUCUAAUACACCACUGCACCACUACUCCAAUACCUGACUACACCAAUACUCCAAUACCUCACUACACCACUACUCCAAUACCUCACUACACCACUACUCCAAUACCUCACUACACCACUACUCCAAUACACCACUACACCACUACUCCAAUACCUCACUACACCACUACUCCAAUACCUCACUACACCACUACUCCAAUACACCACUACUCCAAUACACCACUACAUCACUACUCCAAUACACCACUACAUUCCAAUACAUCACUACACCACUACUCCAAUACAUCACUACACCACUACUCCAAUACCUCACUACACCACUACUCCAAUACACCACUACACCACUACUCCAAUACACCACUACACCACUACUCCAAUACACCACUACACCACUACUCCAAUACACCACUACAUCACUACUCCAAUACACCACUACACCACUUCUCCAAUACAUUACUACACCACUACUCCAGAAUACACCACUACACCACUACUCCAAUACAUCACUACACCACUACUCAAAUACACCACUGCACCUAA